AUGUACAUUUUCAUUGCAGCUUUGCUACUGAACUCUGUUCUUUACAGCACAACUGUUUACCCAAAACUUCUGAUUGACUUUUCAUCUGAAAAACAAGUCACAACAUAUUCAGCCUGUCUCUUUCAGUUCUUUAUAUUUUACACUCUAGUUUUAUCAGAGUUCCUUCUGUUGGCUGCCAUGGCCUAUGACAGAUAUGUGGCUAUAUGUAAACCUCUGGAAUAUCAAACUAUCAUGAGAAAAACCACUGUGGGUAUUUUCCUGGUCGUGGCUUGGCUUGUACCUGCUUGUCAUGUUGCUGUCCAAGCAAUAGCGAGUGCCGAAGCUAAACUGUGUGACUCUAAUAUAAAAGGAAUAUUUUGUAAUAAUGCAGUUUACACUCUUCAGUGUGAAAGAUCAAGAUUAAUUACCAUCUUUGGUGUGGUUGCUUUACUAGAUCUUGUAAUACUUCCUAUGCUCUUCAUAGUUUUCACAUACACAAAAAUAUUUAUCGUUUCUCAUCGAAGUUGUAAAGAAAUUAGGAAGAAAGCUGCAGAGACUUGUUUACCCCAUCUCUUAGUUUUAUUAAGUCUCUCUGUGUUUUUUGUGUAUGAUAGUGGCUCCACAGUAUAG